AUGUGCAUAACUGUGCUGCACCAGCAGAUGGAAGCAAAUUCUGUCAACUUGACCUACGAUGUCUUCGAUGGGAAGGGAGACAGCACCCCCUUGGUGUUCCUACACGGCCUUUUUGGCAGCAAAUCUAACUUCCACUCAAUAGCCAAGUCCUUGGUGCAGCGAACAGGCCGAAAGGUGUUGACUGUAGAUGCCCGUAACCAUGGCAACAGCCCCCACACCCCCGAGCUGACCUAUGAAGCGAUGGUCGCUGAUUUGAAGCACCUCCUCGGCCAGCUGCACAUCGAGAAGUGUGUCCUCGUCGGUCACAGCAUGGGGGGUAAAACCGCCAUGACAACCGCUCUGACACAGCCGGGUCUAGUGGAGAGGCUGGUGGUCGUGGACAUCAGUCCAGCCCAGACCACCACACGUACCAACUUCCGCUUCUACAUCCAGGCUAUGCAGGAGAUGAAGAUCUCCACCGACAUCCCUCGUUCCACCGCCAGGAGGAUGGCUGAGGAUCAGCUGCGAAGUUUAGUGAAGGAGCACUCUGUGCGUCAGUUCCUGCUCACCAACCUGGUGGAGGUAAACGGACAUUACUCCUGGAGGGUGAACCUGGAGGCCAUCGCCGCUCACCUUGAUGAAAUCAUGAGUUUCCCCAGCUUGGACUCUGUCUAUGAGGGACCAACGCUGUUCCUGGGUGGAGCCAGUUCUGCUUACAUCAGCUCCGACGAUUACCCAGAAAUCCAAAGGCUGUUCCCCAACGCCGACAUCCAGUACAUCCCAGACGCAAGCCACUGGAUACACGCCGACAAGCCUCUAGAUUUCAUCAGCUCCAUCAUCUCCUUUCUUCAGUCUUAGCUGCCUCCAACCCGCGCCUGCAGACUCUUUUUCUUUUUUUUUUUCUUUAAAUGCUCGGCACCUCUGAGCAUGGAGUGGAGUCAAUAACGAUCCUAAUAUUCGCCAACACAGGACCCAACCCACUCUCUUACAGCCGUCAGUUUUCUUUUUUAACGUCGUCAGUCGUUCUAGUGUAGUUGACUUCUCCCAGACAGUUAGUGGUUGUAGAUUAGCCAGCUUGUAUAUAUGUUUCAGUUGAUUUGUUUGUAUCUCAGUUUAACAUCAUGGGGCUGUUUUUGGAGGUAUUGUACUAAUCCAAAGAAACUCUUUUUUUUUUUUUUUGCACUGUACAGUCUUUAUGUUCACAUACUGUGGAUCUCAAAGGUUUACACACCCUCGUUAGAAGGCCAUUAAAUGAUGAGAGCAUAAUAAAAAGUUACAAAACCUUUUAA